CACACUCCUCGGGCAGCGACUGGAGCAGAUGAACACACCACACACGGUCCACACGUGGCGCAGAGCCGUCACUGAGACACGGAGCAGACUCUCGCAUCCGGAUACCGAGGAGAUAAAGGGAUUAGUGUUGUCUCCCUUGGAGGAAAACAGAAGAAGGGAAGAACGACAGAAGAUGCUGAUCUGAUGGAUAAUGUGCAGAUGAUGGAGGGAUGAUGGGAAUCUCCCACUCUUCUACAGCACACUCGGGAUUUUAACCAGACGCAGCGCAGCCAGACAUCUGCAGGAACUCCACUUGUUUUAGUGUGUGUGUGUGCGUGUGUGUGCGUGUGCGUGCGUGUGUGUGUGUGUGUGUGUGUGCACAUGUUCCCACAUGGCGUGCUACUACAUCGUGAUCAGCUCCACACACCUCAGCAAUGGACACUUCCGCAACAUCAAAGGAGUUUUCAGAGGACCGCUGUGCAGAAACGGCAACUUGGAUUAUGCGGAAAAGGAGAAAUCUUUGGCUAAAGCUCUGGAGGACCUGAAGGCUAAUUUCUACUGCCAGCUGUGUGAUAAACAAUACUACAAACAUCAGGAGUUUGACAAUCACAUUAACUCUUAUGACCAUGCACACAAACAGAGGCUGAAGGAACUAAAACAGAGGGAAUUUGCCCGCAAUGUGGCCUCCAAAUUAAGGAAGGAUGAGCAGAAGCAGGAACGAGCACUUCGGCGGCUACACAAAUUGGCCGAACAAAGGAGAGAGGUUCAAUGUGCUCCAGGAAGUGGCCCGAUGUUUAAAUCCACUACGGUGGCAGUGGAAAGCUUCAAUAAAUCAUGCUUCAUGGAUAAGGAGGAGAACAUUGCAGAACAGGAGACGGAAUCUCAAAUCCCCUGGCCAUAUCGAGGAAAAGCGAAGAAACAAACUCUGCGUCGCAAGAUCGCGUUCUCCUUUUCCUUUCCAAAGAGAGCCUCGCUGAAGCUGGAGUCUUCAGCUGCAGUCUUUUGUGAGAGUACUGAUGAGAAGAAGCUGAUUAAAUAUGAUACAGAGAUGAUAACACAUCAAAAGAGUUCCACCAAAAGUUCCCUGAAUGAUGCAAUGCCUGCCUCAGAUCUGUGUGCUUUCCUCGUUUACUCAGAGGACAGAUCAGUGUCUCCAAUUAGCCACUUUCCAACUGUUCCUGGAAGCUCAGAUCUCAGUCUGGACUCGGAGGAGAGCAAUAUAGCUGAAAAUAAAGAAGAUAGUGGUCAGGAAGAGAGCACCAUAAGUGAUGCUCCUCAACCAACAUCAUGUGAUGUCGAUUCAUUUCAAAGCCAAGAAAAAGACAACGCUUGUCUCAAAAGACCAAGCCAACCUUUCAUCUCCGUCAUGGGUCGAGAUGGUAAAACCAUCUUCCAAUGGCCAUCAGAAAUGGUGUGCUUCACAAAAGCAGAGCCCUCCAUCUCAUUUAGUUGCAACCCUCUCCAUUUUGACUUCAGAGGUUCCCAGUUCAGGAAGUCUCCUGAGGACUUUCAGAACAAAAAUGACCCAGAAUUGUCUUUCCUUUCUGAAAAAAGCCCAAAAAUGUCCUCUUCUUCCUGUGAGAUAGCCACAGAGGAGGCCACAUGUAGAGUGGAGAGAAAUAUCCGAAAGUAUCACCUGUAUUCCAGCGAUGCACAGAGCAAACGCAAGCAUUUGAAAAAUUGGGCUCAGAGUGGUAAGAGAGCGGAGGACAAAUUGCAAGGCAGAAAUCGACGCCAUUACAGGAGUCAGCAUAAAAAGAGGCACAAGAGAAGAAGUAGGUGGGAGGAGGCGGAUCACAGCGACUUGGAGCAGAGUGCAAACAUGAAAAAACGGACUGAACUCUACAAACGAGAAGGAUUUGAAAGCCAGUUUAGAGGUUGUGCUGCACAGCAAGAGCAGCCAUUAGAGAAGUCAAAGCAAUCAGCUCAGAAUCAGGCGGAGAAUAACAGCGUUGUUUCCUCAGCAGGAGGCUCUGUUGAAGCUGAAAAGGUACUUGAUAGCAGCGGGGGAAUGGUAGACAUCCCUUCUUUAGGGCAGACAAUAAUCACACAAAAUGACUCACACCGUCUCAAUGUGAUUCCUUCUGAUUGUGAAACAUCAGCCUCAGAUCACAGCAGCCCAACUAUACCAAAGAAACGACAAAGUGACUCCCAGAGCAAAGAGGAUAAUGAUUGGUCAGAUCAUACACAGUGUGGUGUGAUUGAGGAGCUAGACGAAGAAGAUGUUUUGUGUCAAAAUCAUGGACAAAAAAGACAAAAGUUGGACCAAAGUCCUACCACACAUCUCACUGAUGAACAUCCUGUUUGUGUUUUAAAUGGAUCGGAUGGAAUGGUGGACAUGGAAUCAACAUGGAAUAUCCUCAAUUUAGAUCCAGGCACAUGUGAUCCUGAAGAAGGAGAUAAUGCAGCAGCUGAAGCAUCCAUAGAUAAAAACCCCAUUUCCACCUCAGAGAUAAAUUCUCAGGCUCUACCUGAGCGAGCUCUGCAGCAUAAAGACACAAAUCAGCUUCCUACCGUCCAGAAUGGUGACUCGGCAAUAGAGAAAGAAUCUGAAAAUGAGUGUAAGAAGUGUGCCAUCACAUCUCGAGUCAAAGAAAAAGAGAAAGUCAGCCAUGAUAAAUCCUGCCAGCACACACCACCAUUGCCAGGCUUUCAACUUGUGGACGAGGAAAGGCAGAACUGCGCAAUCCGGAGUCCAUUCAACCCAAUGCUGUGCUUUACGUCUCAACUCAAUGGUGUGGAGAGGCAUGGCCUUCUUCACAGCCACACCCACAAACAGGUUUUGCACCAGAAGGUGUUUUCAGCUAAAUUCAGAUCUACGCUUCCCAUCUCCUCUCCUCUCCUUCACCCUGUUCACUUACCAUCUGCCAUUCCAUCCAGUUCCAUCACCGUCCUUCGGCAUCACUCCACCUUCCUGCCUGCUCAGCCUUCCCUCUUUACCCAGGUAGUACCUGUUACCCGGCUUCCCCUUGCCCCUGAAAUCACACCCUUCAUAACCUCAUCUCAAGUUCCGAUGGUGGCUCCACCCACUAUCCACACAACGGCCGUGACAUUCCACACUUUACCCCGUCCUCAAGUCUUUCAGCCACUCCUGCACCACCCUGCUCCUUUUCCACCCUUACUACCCCCUCACACUACCGUCUUCCCCCUUCAGCCUCUCUUCUGAAAUUACUACAACUUGGUAAAAUAGCUAUAGUGGUAAAAUCUUACAAAAUACAUUCUGAAAUUACGUACAGAACAGUAAUAUACAUAAAUAUACCACUGGGGGAACAAACUAGUGUCUAUGCCAUUUUUUUUUACCAGAUGUGUUUGUGUCUAGAUGGAUAGGACAUUACAGAUGUUAGCACUUUUUACUAAAAUAAUUUAGCAAUCGGUCAGGUGAAUGACAAUUCUUUCUUACUAAUGAGCCAUGGCACUGCAAGACAAGCAGCAUCACUUUACAGAUCAUUUAAAUCUUAAAUCUUAGUUUCUUUAUUAGUACAUAUGUCAGAGGUGAAGGAUCUCUCAGCUGUACACAGACGCUAAAGGAAAACUCCACCACGAAUGACUUGCACAUUAAUCAUU